AUGACACGAGUUCUGUUGACAGGAGGCAGUGGCUUCAUCGCCGCGCAUACACUCGACGUCCUCCUAGACCACGGACAUAGCGUGGUUACCACUGUGCGGACGCAGGACAAGGCAGACAAGAUCAAAGAGUCCUACAAGAGCUAUGUCGAGAAAGGUCAAUUGGGGUUUGUCAUUGUGCCAGAUAUCGCACAGCCGGACGCUUUUGAACAGGCUGUCGUCUCCGAUCCUCCGUUCGAGGUUGUAUUACAUACCGCGAGUCCCUUUCAUUACAACGUGACUGAUGUCCAGAAAGAUCUGCUUGACCCCGCGAUAGUUGGAACUACGUCUAUACUGAAAUCGAUCAAGGCGCAUGCGCCCUCCGUUAAGCACGUAGUCGUUACCUCGUCAUACGCCGCCAUUGUACACCCCCGCAAGGGCUACUGGCCUGGACAUGUCUACUCAGAGGACGACUGGGACCCCAUCACGCUAGAGGAGGCUAAGGAGAACCCAAUGACGGGAUAUCGAGCAAGCAAGACAUUUGCUGAGAAAGCAGCAUGGGACUUUGUGGAGAAUGAGAAACCUAACUUCUCACUCUCGACCAUUAACCCCCCGAUGGUUUUCGGGCCAAUAGUCCACGCUCUUGACAGCUUAGACAACCUCAACACAUCGAAUAAAUUCAUGCUGAGCGUUGCCCAGGGCAAAUGUAAGGAUGAGAUCCCGAACAACAUGCCGCCCCAGCACCUUUGGGUAGAUGUACGCGACGUGGCCGAAGCACACGUGGCUGCAUUUGAAAAGCCGGAAGCUGCCAACAAGCGCUUCUUUGUCACUGCAGGCUACUACUCCAACAAGGAUAUUUGCGAUGCCAUCAGGAAGAACUUUCCUGCAUUGAAGGACCUGCCGAGCGAGUCUACACCCGGCGGCGACUAUCCAGAAGGUGCCCCUGGCAAGGGCAUGUACGGAUACAACAACAAGCGAUCAGUCGAGAUCCUUGGUCUGAAGUACAGGACGUUGGAGGAAUCCAUGGUCGACUGCAUCAAGUCAUUCCAGAAGAAGGGGUUGUAA